AUGGAUCAAGAAAACGAAAGAAAUAUCUCGAGAUUAUGGAGAACCUUUAGAACAGUGAAGGAAAUGGUCAGAGAUAGAGGCUAUUUUAUUACACAAGAAGAAGUUGAUUUAUCGCUCGAAGACUUCAAGACGAAAUAUUGUGAUUCCAUGGGCAGACCACAACGUAAGAUGAUGUCAUUCCAAGCUAAUCCAACUGAAGAAUCGAUAGCAAAGUUCCCAAGUAUGGGUUCUCUUUGGGCUGAGUUCUGUGACGAACCUUCUGUUGGUGUCAAGACAAUGAAGAGUUUUGUUAUACAUAUUCAAGAAAAGAAUUUCCAAACUGGUAUUUUUGUCUUUCAAACCAAUGUGACACCAAGUGCAAUGAAGUUGGUUCCAUCUAUACCUCCUGCCACCAUUGAAACUUUCCAUGAAGCUUCCUUAGUUGUUAACAUUACACAUCAUGAACUAGUUCCAAAGCAUAUUAGAUUAAGUGAGGAAGAAAAGAGAGAGCUUUUGAAGAGAUACAGAUUGAAGGAAUCUCAAUUACCAAGAAUCCAAAGAGCUGAUCCUGUUGCAUUAUAUUUAGGGUUGAAGAGAGGUGAAGUUGUUAAGAUUAUUAGAAAGAGUGAAACUUCUGGUCGUUAUGCAAGUUACAGAAUCUGUAUGUGA